GUUUAGAAGGUCUUCAUCCAUCGCCGAUUUGUCAUUAAUCUUGUUCUCGGUAAGUAUGAACCGUUGGAUUGGAAAAAUUGCCGUUGUUACUGGAGCAUCGGCUGGAAUUGGUCUGGCCACGGCUAGGGCCCUCCUCGAACAUGGAAUGAUAGUGGUUGGACUUGCGAGGAGAAAGCAGAAGAUGCUGGACGACAUGAAGGAUUUGGCGAAUGCUAAAGGGAAGCUCUAUGCAUUAGAAUGCGAUCUCAGUAAGAAGGAUAGCAUCACCGAAGCCUUCCACUGGAUCAAACAGAACGUGGGCACCGUUCAAGUUCUUAUCAACAACGCUGGAUGUCUAACCACCGGCAAUUUCACUGAAACGACAGCAGAAAUCUGGCAGAACAUAGUGGAUGUUAAUUUAAUGGGCUCGAUUCAUUGCGCCAUAGCAGCUGUCAAAAUGAUGCAACCAGAUAUGUGCGAAGGGCACAUCAUCAACAUAAACAGCAUACAAGGUCAUCGCGUCUACAUUUUUAAUGAAAUUUCUUUAAAUAUCUACGGAGCGACAAAACAUGGAAUUACCGGCUUUACAGAGGCACUUCAGCGUGAGCUAAUGGGACAGAAUAUUCGAGUAACGAGUUUAAGUCCAGGGCUGGUGGAAACUGAAAUAUUUAAACCAUACUCGGAUGAGGCGCCUGGGCUCAAGGGACCCGUUCUCAAACCUGAGGACAUAGCCGAUUCUAUUAUCUAUGUUCUGGGAACACCACAGAGAGUGCAAAUCACGGAGUUAAUAAUUAGGCCUUUGGGGGAGAGUGCAUUUUAAAUAUUUUCUUACUGGAAGAUAUUGGGAAUCAUGGUUUCUUUGUAGUCGAGAAAUUUUGAUUUACAGUGUGAAUUUUCGUUCUGAAAUCGAGAUAGGGCGCCCUUUUUUUGGAAAAGAAACAAAAAGAAAUCUAAAAAUGCACCUACAACUACUCCCGUCAACGCGACCUAAAAAAAGAAAUGUAAAAAAAUUAAAUAUUCAGAAUAAUACUUUAUUCAUCAAUCUAUCAAUGGUGUAAUGAUAGAAUAUUAAACAUGGUGUAACAGGAAA